AUGUCUCUGUCGCGUCCCGCGUGGCCUGCAGGGCCUGCCUGGCCAGUCUCCUCAGCGCGGCCUCCUGAGGACUCUGCUGCGAAGUCACCCCGCAGCAGCAAGCGGCCUCGGCUGGAGGAGCCUGCCUAUGUCUGUGAGGCAGGAUGGCCGCCACUUGUGGUGCCUCGCUUGUCUGAGGCAGAAAAAGUCUGGGAGUGGUCGCCCAGACCCUUCACGGAGUUCCUUGUUCCAAAGAACCUGGGGAGCUCAGACAGUGGCGGGCAGCGGUGUGACCUGGGAUGGCAGGGUAGAACGUUCCAGAGGCAGAGCUCUUGGCAGUCUAGAACUUCAGGGGCAGCAGGUUGUUGGAGGGCUAUGGGAAGGUCUCGUGAACCAGGGCUGCAGGGUAGGGACACUCUGGGUGUGCGCCGUGGUGACACAGCACAAGUGAGUCUCGCUCCACCCAACACCUCCAGGCCUGAAGUCCAAAGAGUCAAACGUGAGCCCGAAGUACUUCCUGUUAGAGGGAAGGAAAAUAUUCUGACAGAAAAAAAUUCUGUGAGACAGCCAACAAACCCAUUUCCAGAUGCUACAUUUUCUGAGGAAACUAAGCCAGCAUUAUAUGACAUUAAGGACAGAUGUAAAGCUGACAGUGUCAUAACCUCAGAGAAAAAAGAAAACAACACUUCAUCAUCUUCACUAAAAAUAUCAAAAAUUCAAAACCAGGCCUGCUUGGAAAGCGCCAAACCCAGCUAUUUCAGAGAUAACAUCACAAUAAUUUUCCCCGAGUUUCCAAGGGAUUUAAAUAGCAACAUGUCCUUUGUCUAUUUAAAGGAAAUAGCAAAGAAAAAGAAUGACAAAAUUAUGGCAUAUGUUAGGGAUUUCACAAACAUUUUCUGGUCCCAAAAUAAACCUGAUGCUAAGAAACAAAAGUUACAGAAUGAUAAAAAAAAUGUAUUUGUGGAAAAUGAUUUUCCUGAUUAUGAAAGUCACCACCAGUCCCUCACUAUUGAAGGGAAAAUAGACUCGAUCAAUUUAAACUAUGAUCACCACAGUAGUAUCUCACGUGAUGUAAGAUACUCUGAAAAGAAUUUCGCUCUAACACUAGAAGAUGCAGAUUGGGAGGGAACAGAAAGGAAUCUAGACUGUUGCAUAUUUACUAGACAAGAAGAAUCCCAAAACUCAUAUAACAGAUCUAUUUUGAAAAGAAAGAGGCAAAAUUGUUGGAUAAUAAAAAAAUUUAGGAUUAUCUGUGAAGCUAUGAAAAAACUUGGAGAAAAUUUGAAUUUGGCACACGAAUUUUUACAAAUAAACUUCGAUUUUUUCAUCAGAAAUGGAGAUGACUGGGAAUCAGAAUUGGAAUGCAUUUUCAAAAUCAUAGUUCAUUUGGAUUGUUUGAAAAAUAUUAUAAAGGAAAGUCAUACUGAAGAUCUAACAAGGAUGUUCAUUUCUUCAAGACCAUUAGAAAAUAACACAAACUCCAUGGCAAAGAAAAGAAAGCUAGUUAAAAUGGAAUACGUUCUUGAAGGGGCUAAGAGACACAAUAUCAGUUCUCUUACUGUAGCAACUAAAAGUUUUCCAAUUUACAAACCACAUGAACAUAUUCCUUUUUUAAUGGAUUUUGAUGACAUGGAAGGACUUUCUUUGACAAAAGAACCUAGUUAUGAGAGUGUAAGUUGUCCUGAACGACUCCUAAAUAUGGAAAAUUGGGCUUACUAUAGUUUUAGUAUUGCUAGCACAGAUGUGAAGUCUGAUACUCUAUUUAUACAGAAUAACUGUGGACAUAUUAGUGAAAAAUAUUAUGAAAGUGGUAUGUACAAUCAGGAUUUAGAUAUUGUAAGGAAACAGAAGCAUAAGACCCCUCACUUUAAGUUCAUAUUUGAAGAUGUCUUUAAUAUUCAGCAGCUGGGCACAUUGUUUAGCCAAAACACAAUAUAUAGUGACCAGAUGAAUGCUAUGGUGAUAACCCAGAAGCUCAGCUUGGAGAAUCUGUUAGGUGAAAUAGGAUGGAAAAUAUCUGAUUUCAUUGUGAAGAAGGAUAUAAAGGUCUUAGGAAGUUUAAGAAGUUGCCAAGUUCAUAAAGCUAUCAACACAGAGAAGGAAGAGGACAAUUCUCCCCCAAUUGGCAGAGUGUCUUCAGUGCAGUUAGCUUCAAGAGUGAAAAAGAAUGGAAAUAUGGGGGAAACUAAAUCUGCUAAUCAGAAUAAAGGAACUAACACAAAAGAGGAUGGAGGUAUUUUGCAAGAAAGCGAGUUAGCCCAUUCAAAGCGUUUUUGUCCAGAGAAUGACUCUACAUUGUAUGCUGAUCAUCAGUUUGAAAGUGAUUCAAGUAGGGAGAACAAUGGAUGUUUUCAGGGCUUAACUACUAAAUGUUUAUCAACAGAAACUCUGCCAACAGCAAAAGAUUUUGAGAUGAAGAGUAAAUUUGAUUUAGUACUUGAAGAGCUUCGUAUGUUUCAUGAAAUUAGUAAGGAAGAUGAAAUUCCAAAUAUCCCAGAAACAAACAACAGGAAAGAAAAUUACUAUGGAGAAAGUAAUGAUGUUAAGGAGGCAAGAAUUGAGAUAGAAAAAGAUUUGGAAAUGGUUGAAGUCAACAAAAGAAAAGUGCCUUGUUUGCCUUGUGAUAUGAAAGCAGGCCCCACCCAGCAUAAAAGACAACAAGGUUUAUUUACUUGGAAAACAAUACCUACUCAUGGAGGACAGGCGGUUCCCAAUGAGUACUGUGUAAGAUCAGAGGAAGAAGUGCUCCACUCUACUCCCGAGGAAGAUUAUAAGAAAUCUUUACCUAUAAGUCCUGCUUUUACUGCUGAUGAAUAUAAAAAAGAAAACUACUGCAAUUACUUAUUGAAGGGAGGCAGUCAUUUUUCACAUGGCAUUUCCAGAGUACAGCCUCUUAAGACGUGCAGCCGUCCAAUUAGAGUUGGCUUGUCAAGAAGAGCUAGGCUGAAACAACUCCAUCCUUAUCUGAAAUGA